CGAAAAUUUAAUAACAACAGAUGCGUUUUUGAAUGCAAUCUGUGCGAUACCCCCAAACGCCGAGGAGUCGACCACACCGCAUCAAACACCGCGGAGGCUCAACACUCUCAACACUGCUCACCAUCCCUCCGGCAUGGCUAACGACUCCUUUCUCAUCAUAUUCCGGUCCGCUUGCCCUGUUUCGACUUCACCACCUUCUUUCAAUUGAUCGCUGGCUAGGGCAUACUGGUUGAGGCUGCAAACAGGCCCUUCUUUCUCACGGAGCUGUUUUCACACCGACAACCACCUGUCAAGGCUUACUACGAUGGUGCGGUCGAACAACUUCUAUGGAGUCUCCCACCAAGGCAGGGGGGACCCGCUGUCCGCCGCUGCGAGCUUUACUCUCACCACCUUCGCCUACGACAAGCGAGCCCUCAGCUGUUCCGACCCACUACCUCUGUCGCAGUCGUUACUCCAAGUGAUGCAGCUGACAGGCGUCGGCCGUCUGAAUGCGACGCUUUGUUCCGACGGCGGCCUGGAGCUUAUAGUCCGAGCGGUACUAAAGGCACUGCAGCGUCUGCACACCGCUCCCAGAAAACAGAGGAAGCACUGGGAAACUUGCAUAAUAGCUGGCGUAGCGUGCCUCACAAAUAUUGCCAUAAGAGGAAAUCAGAAACUGAGGGGCAGACUCGUUGAAGCGGGCACGUUGAGCGUGCUAGCCGGUAUUCUGGGCGACGAACUGAAGCUAACGCAAGCGAGACUCCCGGUCAAUAACAAUGGGAACGAUGGACGUGCUGCCGGCAGCGAGUUCAGGAUGUAUUCCCACGAAGAGACCACCCCAUCUUCACCAAUGUCACAGUCUGCGCCAGCAACACAAACGACAUUUGGCCACACGGCUUCUUCCAACGCCGCAACGGAUGAAUCCCAGAACGUCUCACCACCGGCACCCACUCCAACAGUGGCUUCAGGUUCAGUAGGCGCACCAGCCUGGUCGACCUCCGUGCCCUAUUAUCAGAUGACGCACCCCACCCUCCUUCCGGCCCUGAAGCUCAUCGCUUACCUCUCCAAGUAUCCCAACAUCCGCCAGCUCCUUCACGCAAACCUGACCUUUGCCCGUACUCAACAUUAUACCCUCCCGACCUACCACCCGGAACUUCGUCAGUGGGCUGUCUUGUGCAUGCGUAAUGCAUUCAAAAAGACCCCAUUGGCGAUCGUAACACCGGCAUCCGCGGCCGAUAUGCCAAGCUCCCUGCAGACGUCUGCAUGCGCUCGAAGCCUGUUUGCCUCCGCGCACUCGAACGACAUGGCGGAACCAUCUACACCGACAACAAAUGCUCCUAUUCUUCACAACCUUCCCAUAUGCGCUGAAGGUUGUGCACAGCCGAGCAUGAUUCCUACCUCUUCGUCGUCGCUCGUCUCUCCUCCGUCGAGACCAGCUCCGGCACAUCCGCUACGUACCUGUGGAAAUAUCGGAACGCAUGGAUCCGAGAACCCGCAAUGCCUCCGGGUAGAGUCCCUUACCCGAAAAUUCCACAGAUGCUCGAGAUGCCGGAAAGUCGUCUACUGCAGCCGACGAUGUCAACUAAACUCAUGGGUCUACCAUCGUUUCUGGUGCAUUAAAUUCGACACCCGCAAUAUUGACGAAGACUCGGACACUUACGCAGGAGAGAUGGACCUUGACGUUUCCAUCGAAGCUUGAAUAGGCCUCCUCUCGUUCAGCGAACGUAUUACCGUUGGAAGGCUGACGGCGUAGUCAAAGGGUGCUUUCAAUGUACAGAUUUUUGUCCUUUUUUUUGUAUCCAACUGCCUCAUAAAGCACUAUAGUUAGUGAAUAUAUCCAGAAUUGAUCCGCUCGUUA